AUGGCUCUAGGGGUCCUGGCUCAGCAACUAGCACCGUACAAAAGAGCAGUAGCCUACUUCUCCAAGCAAUUGGACAAAGUUAGCAAAGGAUGGCCCACCUGCCUAAGGGCCGUAGCAACAAUGAUCAUAAAUAGAGAAGAAGCCAGGAAAUUUACAAUGGGACAGAAAAUGACUGUGUUAGUGUCCCACACAGUAUCUACGGUACUGGAACAGAAAGGAAAUCAUUGGCUGUCACUCUCCCAGUUUCUGAAAUAUCAGGUAAUCCUGGCUGAAUCAGAUGACAUAACCAUUCAGGGGACUAACAUUGUUAACCCAGCUUCAUUCCUAGAAGGAAGAAUCUCGGCUGCACCUGUCGUGCAUGACUGCCUGGAAACCAUAGAAGCGGUGUACUCCAGCUGCCUGGACCUUAAAGAAGAACCACCCCUGGAUGCAGAAGAUUGGUUUACUGAUGGCAUCAGUUUCAUAAUGCAAGGUGUGAAGAUGGCUGGGUAUGCUGCGACCACCACUACUGAGGUAAUCAAAUCAAAUCCUUUGCCCUCAGGAACCUCAGUCCAGAAAGCAGAACUGAUAGCUCUCAUUCGAGCUUUAGGAUUGGCAGAAGGAAAACAAAUUAACACCUGGACUGACUCCAAAUAUACCUUUGGCAUAGUUCACACUCAUGGAGCAAUUUGGAAAGAAAGAGGACUUUUAAUUCUUCAAGAAAAAGUUGUGAAAUAUGCUGAAGAAACUCUACGAUUACUAGAAGCUGUACAACUCCCCUCUCAGGUGGCAAUUAUGCACUGCCAAGGACACCUGAAAGGUAACACUGUCCUGGAAAUAGGAAACAGAAAAGCUGAUGCAGAAGCUGAAUUAGCUGAUGCAAGAAGUAAAGAACUACCAGUAGCAGCUUUAGUGCUAGAAGAACUAGACACAGAUCAACAGGUAGAAUAUCAAGAAACAGAUUACAAGUGGAUACAUGAAAAUGAAGGAGAACCACUACGAGAUAAGUGGGAUGGACCCUACCACGUGCUGAUGACAACCUUCACAGCAAUCUGGGUGAAAGAGAAACCCACGUGGAUCCACUACUCUCAAGUCAAGAGAGCUCCAGAGGAAGCAUGGACCUCGGGAGACAAAUCAUCUACUCUCAAGCCUUCUCAAUGCUGACUUUUGGACUGAUAAGGACAUUGGUGCUAGAU